CCGCAGUGUGUUUCUAUUAUCUCUCUUCUGCCCGCCGUUCUUAUAUUUCUCUUACUUACCUGAAGUACUUUUUAUGCGACGUAAUGCAGGAACAGUCCCUGCCCCCAAUCUCGGAUUUUCCAACUCAACGCUCCCUAACACGCUCUACGUCUGUUGCGUCGCUUCCAACCCCACCACGCGCUCGCCACAAACGUUCGCGUGGACAUGUCGCUGAUGAGAGCGAUAGUAACAGCGACUGGGCAUCAAGUGAGGACAGCGCUUACGCCACACGCAUCAGCCGCGUCAAGAGCAAAAGCAGUGGCGAUGAAGCCAGUCAGCCACUCGACGUCCCCGUGAAGCGCACGGCAUUCGUUCUUUCUAGUCAUGACGACGAUGAGGAAGAGGAGACGGCAUUUUGGAUGGGACGUAAGCGUCAGGAUGGCGAAGAGGGAAAAAAGGAGUCAGAGCAGGGCGAGCCACUCGAGUCUUCUCCCCGUCCUGCGCUACUACACUACAACUUCAAAGGACCCGUAUCCUCUCCAUCCCGCCGUCAGCCUCGGACACCCGCCCCGAAAGCGAAGAAGACAUGGCCCAAGAAGUCGCCUACCCGUGAUUCACCUGACAAUCCUUUCCUCAACAACGACACUGGUUUACCGAAGCCCGUUUGCAAAGAGGGGGAGAUUGCACCUGUAUCAUCUUACGGGGAGAGGCCGACUAUCAUAUACGUAUUUCGCAGCCAAAAAGCAACGAUGGCAAACCCGUUGUAUAGUCUACUCAUUAAUCAUCUUGAUUACGUACCACCGGAGGUGUGCCCUCCCAAGCGACUGUUUUUCUCAGGGGGAAAGCGCAAAACUAGGGAUAACAGUCGUGAUAGCAUCGGAUUUUCAGAAGGCGCUAAGGAAGUCGAGGCGCGCGUGUCUGAUAGUGAUGGAGACGGCCCCCGAUCGGGAGGAGAAGAAGUUAAGGUGGACAACAAGAUCGUCUUACCAAGCGACGAGGAUUGUGAACCUGUUUUCACAAAGCCUCCCCGUGAACCCUCUCAGCACUGGCCAGAUCCUGAACAGGAAGUUAGAGCUGACAAAGAGCGUCUUGGUCAAUCGGAAGGUUUGCGCGCUGGCGCGGUCGUCACGCAGAGGGAUGAUCCCAUCAGACGGGCUUGUGCCCCGCCCCGCAACGCUUGAUGCUAUGGGGCUUAGUCCCUCCUAUCUGCUUGCUCGUUUUUUAAACUAUUCUCUUCUCGUUCUUGCCUCAGGGACCUUCUUGAUUCUGCGAUACCUGUGUAUUCUCCGUCGGUUUGGUUCUUUCUCGACGUUGUCUCCAUCCUCGCUGUGCCACUUCCCCACAGAGCCAUCCUAUCCCCUGCGAUCCGUUCCUACAUAACACAUACACACAUAUCCACACAUCCCCGCGACACCUCCAACUGCACACAUUCCCCUCCGCCUCCCCACAUGUCACGUUUAUCUUAGUCCCCUAUGUUAUCCUAUGCUCAAUUCAAAUCCGUGGGUACGCAUUGUCCCUCGCUCGUUUUAUAUUCCAAGUAACGUAUAU